GGAGAGUUGCAGUGCGAGCAGGAGGGAGAGAAACGCAGGUACAGGUACAAGAGCAGCAGCUGCAGCAGCACUUGAGCCAACAGCAUCACAGAAAACACACUCUGCUACACUCAACUGAAGAAAGGAGAUGGAAACAGACAGAGUGAAUUUCUCACCAGCAAGAAGUCCUGCUCUCAGAGAUGAGCUAAGACAAGCAUCUCAGCGCAGUUUCUACCUAAGCCCACCUCCGCUUUACAUAAAGCCUGCGAAGUUUUCCCCUGCCAGGUACCCCAGUAUCUCACCCAGCAGAGACACCUACAGUGCGUUCGGCCCCCCUGCUUUCUUUCCCAUGCUUGGCCCCGGUUAUACCCAAAAGGAAGGAUCCCAAAAGCGCAAAAGAACUCCUUUCAAAAUGGACCACCAAGGAGGUGAAUCUCCUGACAGAGGAGCGGAGGAAGAAGACGAAAACAUCAGUAAGAAGACGGUGCACCUCUCCCACAUCCCCUUCUCCUUCCCCCCUCGCCCCAUUCCUUCCCCAUCUCCUAAACCAAUCCCCGGUAUGAUCGAGCUCAACAGGCUGCAGCUUCACCCCAGAUCACCAGGUAUGAAUCCACCUGUGCAGGUGAAGCAGGAGCCUCUCAGUCCUUCCCCAGUUUGGCCUCCCUCUCCUCUCCUCCUCCACCCUCCAUACUUCCCAUCUCUCCACCACAGCCUCCUCCCAUACCCUUUCUUCAUGCCCGGCCCUGUCAUGCAACUCUCCCCUGGUUCUUUCUACCAAAGAGAGGACCUGCGCCCCAGGCAUCACAGCCAUGACGGACCUCCUCGCAGUGGGACGACCAGUGCUGAAAAGCUCGGUCUCAACGUCCACGUGGAUGACAGCUAUUAUGUGGACGUGGGUGGAGACCAGAAGAGAUGGAAGUGUCGUAUGUGUGAGAAGUCCUACACCUCCAAGUACAACCUGGUCACGCACAUCCUGGGGCACAACGGCAUCAAGCCACACGGCUGCCACCUGUGUGGGAAACUGUUUAAGCAGCUGAGCCACCUGCAUACACACCUGCUCACCCACCAGGGCAUGAGACCCCACAAGUGCCAGGUGUGCCACAAGGCCUUCACUCAGACCAGCCACCUGAAGAGACACAUGAUGCAGCACAGUGACGUGAAGCCAUACAGCUGCAGUGUAUGCAGCAGAGGUUUUGCUUACCCCAGUGAGCUUCGUGCUCAUGAGCUGAAGCACGAGAAAGGGCAGGAGAACGUUUGUGUAGAGUGUGGUCUGGAUUUCCCCACGCUGGCCCAGCUGAAGAGGCACCUGACUGCCCAUCGUGGCCCCACCCUGUACAGGUGUGCAGAGUGCCAGAAGACUUUCCAGUAUCCGAGCCAGCUUCAGAACCACAUGAUGAAACACAAAGACAUCAGACCGUACAUCUGCAGCGAGUGUGGGAUGGAGUUCAUCCAGUCACACCACUUGAAACAGCACACUCUCACUCACAAAGGGGUGAAGGAGCACAAGUGUCGGAUCUGUGGUCGUGAGUUCACCCUGUUGGCCAACAUGAAGCGACACGUCCUCAUCCACACCAACAUACGGGCCUACCAGUGCCAUAUGUGCUUCAAGAGUUUUGUCCAAAAACAGACUCUCAAGGCUCACAUGAUCGUCCACUCCGACAUCAAGCCCUAUAAAUGCAAGCUUUGUGGGAAGGAGUUCAAUAGGAUGCACAACCUAAUGGGCCACAUGCAUCUUCACUCAGACAGCAAACCCUUCAAAUGUCUUUACUGCCCGAGCAAGUUCACGCUGAAGGGAAACCUCACCAGACACAUGAAGGUCAAACACGGCGUCAUGGACAGAGGCUUGGAUGAAAGAUUGUUUCGGCAGAGAGGGCGAUUCUGCCUGUCCUCUCCCAUGGGCCUCCUCACCCGAUUGAGCCAAGAGGAGCCGUUUGACCUUUCCCAGAAGCCCCCGGGCCUGCCCAGCCUCCGCCUCUCCCAGUCUGAUGGAGAGAGUGUUCCUGGUAGCUCGUGUCAGGAAGAGGAUGAGGAGAGUUUGUACAGAAGGAGCCAGUACAGCCCUGAGGUGGACCAACAUGAGCCUGCAGGCGAGGAUCAGUACAGCCCUGAGCUGGAGGAGAGAGGGCGGGGGUCUCCAGCUGAUCUCAGGUCUGGGGAGAAGCAGGAGGAGCAGAAUAGUUUAGAUGAACAGACAUAUGAGAAAGAGUCUGCAGCAGAUGGGGGUGAGCAGGUCUUACAGUCAGAAGAGACGUCUGAGAUGGCCUACGAGUCUGAUUUAGAGCUUGGUGAUCAGGUGUACCACCGUGAGACAGGCCGUGGAGAAUUGUAUGAUUAUGACUCUGAUUCAGAACUAGAAGAUUAUCACCGAGAGCUAGAAGAGCAAAGCAAGCAGCAGAUUGAUGGUUUUAGUGACGCAGCCAUCGUUGUAGCAGAGAGGAACCGAAGCAGAUCAGAGACAGGAGAAAAAGUGCAGCACUUGUGCACAAGUGAAUUCAUGGGAGUUAUGGGUCCACAGGAGGAAGAGGAAGACUUGGAGUGAUAGAAACUAGACAAAAAUGAGAAGAAGAUGCAGGUUUUUAGAGAAGGCUGGUGUUCUUUUAACAGGAAAGUGGAAGGAAAGUGUGUAGGUCUCUAAAUUAAACUGAUUAUGGAGAAUGGGGUGUAGUAGUUUAGCACAAAAAAGAAAAAGAUGAACAUAUCAUGUUUAUUAACAGAGCAAAAAAUAACAAUGAAAUACAAAGCUGUGAAGCAUAAAGCAUGAACAGAACAUAUCAUACGCUGACAGAAGGUUGAUGUGUGUUUAUGAGUGGCGUUUUUGUGAAUAAAAUGCUUAAAUCUUAUUUUUUACAAAUUAUUUUGCAAUAUUGACUCAAAUAUGCAACUUUGCUUUAACUUUGACUCUUUAAAAUGUGUAAAUCUAUAGAAAAAAAAUAAAACAUGUGUUAUUGAUCCAAUCAUUGUGCACGUUUUGGGGUUAUUUUUGUUCGUUUGAGGGACAUUGUGUUUUUGACAGAUAUAGGUGUGACGAAGCUUGACUUUCUAAAAUCUUUGAGUGUCUUUAUGAAAUAAACUGUGAUUCUCUAUGUCUAAUGUUUAGAUAUUUUUUUUAAAUCUAUAAUCUUUUGUUAGUUGAGUGUUUUAGAGAACGGCUGUGUUUUUAUUGUAUGGCAGUGUAAUGGUGAUUCUGCUAAAUAAAUGAAAAAAUAAAAGCU